ACUGUCGGAGAGUUGUAGCACCCCAGUGCAAAGCUGAGAGGAAAAUACCUAGGGAGAAUCUGAUCAUAAGUACACGCAACAUAGAACAUAUGGCUGACUUAACCCACGCAACGGAAAAAAGAUUGGACCGAGGCUUCUCUGCAGAGGAGACUGCCAUCCAGUUUCCACCGGACUGCGAUCAAGAAGUUGUAGGCCCCGAGUUAAGCUGGACGCAGUAUGCAUCACAGUUCGUCAUAAAUCAGGAAACUGGUGGAAAAGAUUUUUUCAAUGCCGCAAUUCUGCCAUUUUCAACGCCAUCCACCAUUGAAAAUGCAGAGAAAUUUUGGAGGUCUGUAAUUUUUGACUGGGUCCGCUAUAUUCCUUUCCUUCGGAUGAUCGUAAGACCAAAAGUGGCCGGGCAAGAAAGCUGCGCUGAAGACUUCGUGCAUGUUUUUCUGCCAGCUGACUGGGAAAAUAUAGACUUCCGAGUCAUUGAAGAUAAAGAACGAUUCGAGACGGAGACUGAGGACCCGAUGGAUCUCAGAAAAGGCCCCCCUCUGCGAGUGCUACUCUGGGCAACUGGCCCCGACCGAGAGAUUCGGCUCGUCAUCAAUGAAAUCAAUAGCGACAACGCGGGACUAGCGGUUCUCACCGACGCAUUUGGCAAAAUCACCAUGUUGAAACUGGGGAAGAAGAUAUCUGCACCAAUCCCUCCAGUCAAAAUGUGCGACUUUCCGAAAAUUCUGAAGGACGCAGUCGCGGCCCGGGAGAGCAGUGACGCAGCGUUUUGGAAGAGCGUGGUGGAGUCCAUGCCAAAAGAUGGAGUGAAGUUGUCCAUCUCUGCCCACUGUCCAGCCUCUGGACAAUAUUCCGGUCGAAUUAGAAAUGUCAGUAGGCAAAUGACAGAGAAGCAGGUCAGCGGUAUGGUGAAAAUGACGGAAGAUUAUAAUUCUACGUGCUUCAGGAUAAUUACUAGCGUCUACCAGCUCCUGCUCCACUUGUACACAGGGGAGAGUGUUAACAUCACCACCAAUGUUGACGUCACUCGUUUCGUCCCCGAACUGAAAGGCGUUCUUACUAAACUUAUCAACGGAAUAUCCCUCUACGCUGACUUCAAAGAAACAGGCGGAGCCACGAUCAAAGAUUUCUUGCAGAAGAACUCGUCAGUAAUACAGCAAUCUGUGGAACACGGCUUGUACCCGGCGGACCGGAUUCAGGCUCUCGUCGAGGCGCACAUGACCGAAAUUACACGGAAAUACCCGAAGCACAAAAUCAACCAAGAGCGAGUGGGGUUUUGGUCUUUCCGCAAGCAAUUCGUCCAGAAGCAGGGGACAAAUUUCCAAUUCAAAGGUUUAAUUCUGAAUACUCUAGAAACCAUUAUCGAGACGCAAAUUCGAUUCUACUACGACAAACGCAACCCCAACAACAGUUUCAUCGUUUUCGAAUUAAGCCAAGACGCCUUCAGCGAGGAAGAGGCUCACCAGAUCAAAGAAGAUUUCUUCAAUCUCUUAGAUUACGUGAUUGAUAAUCCUGAUGGGAUAAUUGCAGAUAUUCCUUGGGACGACAUGGCACAGUAUCGUAGUUCAUGCAACACCAAGUGAUAAAAAUGUUUAAAUA